AUGUUCUUCGUUUCAAGUACGGGCAUCGAUAUCUCUGACGCCGGGAAGGAGUUUUCCUUCUCAUCGGUUGAGUCUAAAUUUGCACAAAGAUGGUUCAUUGGCAAUUGCAAACACCGAAACCCCAGUAGAAAAAACGCAAUUAACCAAUUCUUUAAAAGCAAUGCAUAUAGUGAGACAAUAAACUACUCCAGAAAAUUGAAACAGAAGAAGCUGAAACAGAAAGAGAUGGCGGCAAUGCAAAGACAAAAUACGACACUAUUGACAGCUGGAUCACAGAACCAAGAACAACCAGAGAACUCAAGCCGUGAAAUUACCAAUCUGUUAACUGGCAAUGAUAUUUGGAGGCAUAAAAGAGACGACCAGGUUGUUGUUGAUACCGUAACUGUGCAUAAGAAGACGAAAAGUUUCUGGAAGUCUUUCAAACAUAUGAGGAAACAAAUAAGAAAGCUUAGACUCCAAAAGAAAAACGUAUACAAGCCUCAGGGGUGCACUACACACACGCAGAGACAGUGUUCAAAGAAAGAGACACUAGAAAGGAUAAAUUUCUUGAAACCGUUGCCAUAUCUUGUUGGAGACAGCUACAGUCCGGAAAUCAUAAAACAAAAUAUUUUAGCUAUAACUGAACAUUCUGAACAAAAUCUUCUGCUAACAGACUAUUAA